AUGGCUAAUCGGAUAGACUUCUGCAAAACGAGGAGACAAAUGUUCGAGAAUGAACAGGUCUCAACGGCACUUUCAGUUGAUGAAAUGAUGGUUCGAUUUUUUGGUCGUACGAGCUUGAAACAGUAUGUGCCUUGCAAGCCUGAUCGAUAUGGGAUAAAGCUCUGGGGCUUAUGUGCAGCCAAUGGAUAUCUAUUCAAUUUAGACGUUUAUUGUGGCAAAAAUGAUCCAAGCAUUGGAAUAAAUUUAUUGGCAUGUGCACUUGGCUCCAGAGUUGUUUUACAAAUGAUCAAUCCACUUCUCAAUGGCCUUUCACGAAAAAAAUUAUCUGAUUAUCAUCUGUAUUUUGAUCAUUUCUUUACCAGCCCAGAUUUACUCAUCCACCUGCAUAAAUGUGGUUUACGAUCAACAGGAACUGCCCGUAAAGACAGAGUGAAAGAAAAGCAUGAAUUUGCAAAAAAUGCAAAACAAGCAUGUGGUAUCACUCCCAUAACCCCAGUGAAAAGAUUUUCACGAGCUGCUCAAGAGAGAGUAGAACUAGGAUUCACUCGAGCUUUUUCUUUAUAUAAUAAUUAUAUGGGAGGGGUAGAUUUGCACGAUUUCAGAUGCAAAAAAGCUGAUCUCCUGAUUCCGAAUCUGCAGGGGUAUCACGCAGAUUCGGAAUCAGGAGAUCAUCCUGAACAAGAAUCAGUAACAACAUUGCAUAUCAAACGCGAAGCCGACGACCCAAGUGUCGGUAGAAAAUUUUGUAUUGAAGGCUCGUAG